CUGCAACAACAGCAAGCGAAGAAAGCACACAAACGAUACAUCGGGUUCGAAUAAAUGAUCACUGAGAGACUAUAACCCACAAUUUCAACUCGAUAUUACGCCCCUGCGUCGGGGUGCCGCAUUAGACCUCCAAAGUCUGCACAUCCGAGACAGCAUCAGGCCCAGUCACUCGAACCAAAUCACACUCACCUCACCAUUCUGAAACUGCACACUCUAUUGCCUUCCAAGCCGAGAGAAAUUAUCAACAAUGCGAGACCGGAAGGUUGAGGCGCGGAGCAGUAGGCACACACCUUCGUCAUCGCCUCUUUCGUCGGUCGAAGAACCGAUCCUUUCCGAUGGCUCGCCCGAGAAAAUGCCACCAGUAGAAGACAUCAAGCUGUCUUCACCUUCCAGGAGCCAAGGCGUCUCAAACACCACAAAACCCAAGGCUAGCCGGAAAAGGGUAGUCGUGAGAAGAGCUGCCAAGAAGUCCAAAUGGGAUGCUGAGAGCCUCCUCUCUGACCCUAAGUCACCUCUAGCUUCUGCAGAUCUCAGAACAAUCCUAUCCAAUCCUAUGGCCUGGGAUGUACUGAACAAAGAAGAGCAGGCCGAGAUACUGGCGCUAUUCCCAGAUGACCAGCACGUCUUGGCUGCUGGCACUGAGGAUGCUUGCCCAGAUUUUGCAUCGCUCAUGAACGAUGACAGCUUCCGGCAUGAUUGCGCAGCAUAUACGGAAAACAUCGCGCAAGGACGACAUGACCCAGACUGGCUUGCCUCGGCCUGGGCUGCCCACGAGAGAAGAAUGGCUGGGGAUUUCGACGAACACCUCGAGAAUAAAUUCAAGGAAGACUGGGAAGUGGAGCUACCGCCAGAGUUGCAGUCGCAGCAUCGCCCGGCUCCGAGUGACGGCGAUGCUAAGAUGGAGGAUCCCGAGGUGGAGCGUGGCGAUGAGCAGAAAAAUGAGCAGAAAAAGGAGCAGAAAGGAGAACCCGAAGCUGUGGACGAGCUGCAAGUCGACAGUACAAAUCACAAGGAACCCGAGAUCCCACGCAAGGUUGAGCACAAGGUCAUGGCGGUUUGCCGCCCGCGGAGGAGCACGAAACCUGUCUCUUACGAGGAGAAGAGCGAGGAUGAACUGGCAUGAGACGUUGCGAAUAAUUAUUGGUAGAAUAUUCCGGGGGCAGAUAAAAUGCACAAGCCACGAGCCAUUCAUUUUUGAUGAUAAUGUCUUCGUCUUGUCUCCCGUCUCUUUGCCUUCACUUGGCUCUAUCAUGGUGUCGCUUUGGCGGGGUACUGGAAGCUCUGGAGGGGUUCAGCAGGCACCCCACUAGAUUUUAGUGACGUCGGCAGUAACUCAUCA